CCGCCUCACUCUUUGCAGGACGUCACCGCGGACUGCAGGGGCCUGAGCCGCUGCUGCCGCCGCCGCUGCCCCUGUCGCGCAGCCCCAUAUCAACUCACGGGGGCCCUGUUACCACAGCUGCCGAAAAGUCGCCAUCGCUAGGGUCACCACCGCAUCGGUGCAGGGCAAGAUGGCGUCCGCCACAGACUCACGCUAUGGGCAGAAGGAGUCCUCGGACCAGAACUUCGACUACAUGUUCAAGAUCCUCAUCAUUGGCAACAGCAGCGUGGGCAAGACGUCUUUCCUAUUCCGCUAUGCAGACGAUUCCUUCACGCCUGCUUUUGUCAGCACUGUGGGCAUAGACUUCAAGGUCAAGACCAUCUACCGCAACGACAAGAGGAUCAAGCUGCAGAUCUGGGACACAGCAGGGCAAGAGCGAUACCGGACCAUCACCACGGCCUACUACCGGGGUGCCAUGGGCUUUAUCCUCAUGUAUGACAUUACCAACGAGGAGUCCUUCAACGCCGUGCAGGACUGGUCGACCCAGAUCAAGACCUACUCAUGGGACAAUGCCCAGGUGCUGCUGGUGGGGAACAAGUGUGACAUGGAAGAUGAACGGGUGGUGUCGUCAGAACGUGGCCGGCAGUUGGCUGACCACCUUGGCUUUGAGUUCUUUGAGGCAAGCGCCAAGGACAACAUUAAUGUCAAGCAGACCUUUGAGCGCCUGGUGGACGUCAUCUGUGAGAAGAUGUCCGAGUCAUUGGACACGGCCGACCCUGCAGUCACGGGUGCCAAGCAGGGCCCACAGCUCACGGACCAGCAGGCGCCUCCGCACCAGGACUGCGCCUGCUGAGAGCUGCCCUGCCCCCACCCCCGCCCUCCCCACCCCCCCGGGCCUGAUCCAGCCCCCACUGGCCGAGGGCGCGAGACCUCUGCCCCCACUUGGCCCCUCACCCUUAUUUAUUAUUGUAGUUAUUUAUUUAUUUAUUGGAGAUGUCCUCCAGGGGCACGGGCUCCCUGCCCAUCCCACGUCCCACCCUGUACAUACAGCCCUGUCCCCACUCUGCCGUGGCGUGUCGUGGCCCUGUGAACUCACCGCUUCCCCUCCUCUCAAGACCCCACCUUUUUUAAAAUUCACCCCCCAUCGAGAAUUACUGGUUUUGAAGAGGGGGCCCGAUGACACCCCAGGGCAGGCUCAUUGGGUGAUGGGAGGUAGUCUGGUUGGCCAGCCUCUUGGCUGUGACUCGCUGGGCCAAGGCCACUCUGGGGGGGGUGGGGGUCUCAGCAUGGACCAUGGGGUGGAUCAGAGCCAGGCAGUGACCCACCUGGCUCCUCACCCCCAAAGUUUUACCCUUUUUUAGAGGUGAGGGCUGCUGUGGGUACUCGCCACCCUGGGACCCCCCCCCCCCCGGAAACACCAGACCUGCUCGGACGUCAUGAGUGUCAAACGUGCCCCUUGGAUCCCCAGGAGAUGUCAUGACCACACUGCACACACCCAAUAAAGUGAAUGGAUGACGCCA